CUGAUAGACGAUUAGUCGUUUUGCUUGCUUGUGGUUGCGGUCGGCCUUGCUUCCUGCUCUACAGGUCGCCAGGAUGUUCACCCUUACACGCCUGGCGCCUCGCGUGCCUUGCACGGGGGCAAGCCAUAAAGCAAGGAGUGCAUGCGCGAGAUUAAACGGUGUCCGGGUGGCCCCGACCAUUGGCCUGCAAAUGCGUGGAGCUGCGUUGCGGUCAACGCCGCCAGACACGGAAGCCGUUGCCUCCACCUCUGAAUCAGCUGGACCCAGUAGCAGCGCCAACGGCGCUCCAGACCCAAAGAACGGCACCACCCGCAACGCCAGCAACCGCAGCAACACCUCAUCCUCGUCAUCCUCUUCAUCAUACUCCUCGUCGUCUGGCUCCUCAUCAGCCGGUGGAGGAGCCUCCAAUUCCGACACACUUCGGCAUGCGCAUUAGUAAAGACGACCUGCUGACGAUAGCGUUGGCGGUUGCGAUCUCGUACGGCAUCCGCACGUUUGUUGCUGAGCCUCGCUUCAUUCCCUCUCUAUCCAUGUACCCCACCUUUGACGUGGGCGAUCGGCUCAUAGCGGAGAAGGUCACCUACCGCUUCCUUAGGGAGCCAGUCUCCGGUGACGUGAUCAUCUUCCACCCGCCCCGCGAGAUCUCCCCCACCGAGCAGCCCUCGCUGUUCGGGGACGACAACGUGUACAUCAAGCGAAUAGUGGCAGUGGAGGGAGACACGGUCGAGGUUCACAACGGUCGUACGUACGUCAACGGUGUGGCCCGAUCCGAGCCGUUCACCGCCGAGCAUCCGUUGUACGAGAUGCCGCGAGUGGUGGUGCCGCCGGGGGAUGUGUUUGUGAUGGGGGACAAUCGGAACAACAGCUACGACUCGCACCUGUGGGGUCCGCUGCCCAGGGAGAACAUCGUGGGCCGUGCGGUGUUCAAAUACUGGCCGCCGUGGAAGGUGGGGGCGCUGGAGGACUACACGGGACUCGCGGCGGGGGCGCCAGCGGGGCAGCGGGGCGCGGGGGCGCCAGCGGGGCAGCGGGGCGCGGGGGUGCCGGCGGCUAGCACUGCUGCUGCUGUGGUUGCGGCUGGUGCGGGGUCUUCAGCGGCGUGAGGGGUGUGAGAGAUGGAGAGGGUUGGAGAGGAGAGACGUGGCGUGUUUUUAUGGAAGUAUGGCCCAGCAGUGGUUUUGGAUGGGUGAGGAAGGAGGAAGAAUGGCGGUUGGGGCGUGGUAUGAGGGAGGGGUGUACGGAGCUAUACAACCUUUAUCAUAUGAGGGGUGCUGAGAAGAGGGGGAAGAUGACUAGAUGAGCGGGCGAGGGAGAGUGUUGCCGUGUUGCAUGGAAAGAGCGUAGGAACGUCACGUGCAUGCAUGCGAAUAUGUCAACAUAGAGGAGCUAAAGAUGCAGCUGCUAGCGGCGCCCUUGUCAACUUCCACCAGUGUGCUUAUGGGUGCCCUAAUACCGGUAGUAGUGCUUUCGGAGGUGGUACAAGCAGGCCUACUCGCUACUGGUAGCUCCUGCGCGGCGUGUUACGGGUCGGCUUGGCAGUGCGUUGCAGUGGCUUAGCGUGUGGAGCGGGGACAGGUAGGGGACUGGCUUGUCGGUGCGUGCUUUGCUUCUCGGAGGGGAGAGCUCUACACGAUGUACCAAUGUACUUGGUCACACUGCGUAAGUGUAAGUUGGUAUCUUGCAUGUCCGGAACAAUUUACAGACAUGGCAGUAGGGGCGUGUAGCGGCCCCUAGCAUUGCAGCGGCGGG